GACAGCAUCACUGCAGCGAAAGCUCCCUGCCUGCCUUUGCAGAGACUGUUUACGCUGAGAGCCGGUUAUCCCCCCUCCACCUCCUGCCUGUGUGAGUCAUGUGAGUGAUUUAGUGUAGGUGAGAGGAGCGGAGCAGCAACAGAAAGCCAGUCUUGUUGGUGCGUCUUCUUGCUGAGCAGAUUGCGACAUACAGGGAGCGAGGAAUCCAUGCCAACCCAGAAGGAACAGAAAAAAACCCCUCUCCAUCAAACCACAUUCAGUCUCUUCACGUCAGCAGACAGAUGUCUCCUCGGUAGACAGAGAAAUAUUUUGCUCUAAACUGGAGGUCUUCAACAAGAGGUCUGCGACCCCUACGGGGUCCACAGAGCAGUGAGAGCUGAUCAUGAGGCUCCUGUGGAAGUCCUUCGACAAAAUGAGGUGUUUAAGGAAGCGAGCCAUGCUCCCCGUCCUCACCUUCCUACUCACCUCCCUGCUCUUUUUCAACCUUUACCUGGAUGAUGGUUACGUGUUGGAAGGUGAAAAAAGACAGCUGGGAGAGACGAUUCAUCCUUCAAGCUCUGACAGAUAUAUGCACACGUUUAAAGAUUUGUCCAAUUUCUCUGGGAGUAUCAAUGUGACGUAUCGCUAUCUUGCUGGAAUUCCUUUGUCAAGAAAAAAGUAUCUCACGAUUGGCUUGGCAUCCGUCAAAAGGAAGAAGGGAAGCUACCUUCUGGAAACCAUCAAAUCCAUCUUUGACCAAUCAAGCUAUGAGGAGCUGAAGGAGAUUGUGGUUGUGGUCCAUCUUGCAGACUUUGAUCUGGUCUGGUGUGAGAAUGUGGUUCAGGAAAUCACCAGGAAGUUUGCUCACCACAUUAUAGCGGGACGGCUGUUGGUCAUCCAGGCCCCAGAGGAGUUCUACCCCUCUCUGGACGGCUUAAAGAGGAACUACAAUGACCCGGACGACAGAGUCCGUUUCCGUUCCAAGCAGAACGUGGACUAUGCUUUCCUCCUGAACUUCUGCACAAACCUGUCGCACUUCUACAUGAUGUUGGAGGACGACGUGCGCUGCUCCAGGAACUUUCUGACAGCGCUGAAGAAGGUGAUCACCUCCAGAGAAGGCUCCUACUGGGUGAUGAUGGAGUUCUCUAAGCUGGGCUACAUCGGUAAGCUCUACCACUCCAGAGACCUGCCUCGCCUGGCUCAUUUUCUCCUCAUGUUCUACCAGGAAAUGCCUUGUGAUUGGCUUCUCAUCCACUUCAGGGGACUGCUGGCUCAAAAGGAUGUGAUUCGCUUCAAACCCUCGCUCUUCCAGCACAUGGGUUAUUACUCCUCCUAUAAAGGAGUGGAGAACAAACUGAAGGACGAUGACUUUGAGGAAGACUCCAUUGACAUUCCUGACAACCCCCCUGCUAGUAUUUACACAAACAUAAACGUCUUUGAGAACUAUGACGCAACCAAAGCCUACAGCAGUAUAGCUGACGAGUAUUUCUGGGGGAAACCUCCGUGCACUGGAGACUUCUUCAUUGUAAUCUUCAACAAAUCGACAAAAAUUAGCAGAAUUAAAAUUGUGACGGGCACGGAGGAUCGUCAAAACGACAUACUUCACCACGGAGCUCUGGAAGUAGGCCAGAAGUCUGUAGAGACCAAACAGGGAAGACAAUGUACAUCAUAUAUCACACUGGGGGAGUUUAAAGUUGGCAACAUUGAGGUCAACGGCGUGGACCAUAAGAUUGGCUUUGACAUUGAGUGUGUCAGAAUAGUUGUCACAGCUAGUCAGAAAGAAUGGCUCAUCAUAAGAACUAUCAGCCUCUGGACCUCACAGCCUGUUGGUCAGUUAAAGUAGGAACGCUAAAUUCUUCAGUUUUUUUUUGUUUGUUUGUUUGUUAUUUUUUUGUCUGUAUGUUUUGACAGUGUGACUUUAUUUUCGGACUAUUGGAGUACAUUUGAAUCGAUCCAUAUUUUUUUGGAUUGCUCAAAGAUCUGUAUAACAAUGGUGAUGUAUCAGAAACAAAAUUACUGUGUACAUAAAAGAUUUCUACUACAAUGUCCAAUUUUUUGAGGAUCUGUUUA